UGGGAGUUGGUGGCUGCGGCCUUUGGGCUGGGAUGAACCGCGCUCUUGGUGGAGGCCGGGGAGCUGAGCCAGAGCCAUGGCCAGUACAGUGGUAGCAGUUGGACUGACCAUUGCUGCUGCAGGAAUUGCAGGUCGUGAUGUUUUGCAAGCCAUGAAACAUAUGGAGCCGCAAGUAAAACAAGUUUUUCAGAGUCUACCAAAAUCUGCCUUCAGUGGUGGCUAUUACAGAGGUGGGUUUGAACACAAAAUGACAAAACGAGAAGCAGCAUUAAUACUAGGCAUAAGCCCUACUGCCAAUAAAGGAAAAAUAAGAGAUGCUCAUCGACGAAUUAUGCUUUUAAACCACCCAGACAAGGGAGGAUCUCCUUAUAUUGCAGCCAAAAUCAAUGAAGCUAAAGAUUUACUAGAAGUUCAAGCUAAAACAUGA